GUUGCGUAGUGAGAAUAUUUCAAAGCUUGCUCUUUCCUCAGUUGUCGAGAGUGAGUAAGUGACUCAAUUUAAAGCGAAAAUCGCACGAUCAUCUGGAGAUUUGUCAAACGAGUGUUACUACCUAACAUUUCUAUUUGAGUUGUUUUUGAAUGCUUUCUCGUUUCUUCGUCCGAAGUACUCGACUUGGUUCAAACAUCAGUUUCGAAUCUCAAGUUUCUCUCCUCAAAACCCGAUCUUCACAGCACGUACACCGCAGAGCCUUCAGCAUGUCUUCAAAUGUCAAGCCCGAAAGGCCUGUUGGAAAGAAGCUGGUUAUUGCCUGUGACGGAACAUGGCAGAACAGCGAUGCAGGAUUCGAGCAAUCUCUUGGACAACCAGCUACAGCUCAAAUCCCUACGAAUGUUACCCGCAUUGUCAGAGCUCUGAACCACGAAGACGAGAAUGGCGUCUCCCAGAUCGCAUACUAUCAGAGAGGUGUUGGAUCAGAUGGCGAUCUUGAGGAUAAGUUGAUUGGAGGCAUGACGGGAAACGACAUCUCCGAGCAUAUUCGAGAAGCGUAUGCCUUCGUGGCUAAUAAUUAUGAUCCCUGGAGACCCGAAGAUUUGGAAGCUGCGUUGAAGGACGAGACCAAGCCCAUGGACGAGAUUGUCAUAUUGGGAUUCUCGAGAGGAGCAUACACUGCCAGAGCUAUCUCUUCCAUCAUCACUGAUAUGGGUCUCUUGACUCGCAAGGGAAUGGAGCAGUUCUGGGGCAUUUUCACAGAUUGGAUGAAUCAGGAUGUCGACGGAAAGGAGAGUGGAUGGUUCAUGGCCAAUUACCCAAAGAUCGCGAGUGAUUUCAAGGCUGCGAAUGGCAGAAGUAUCAUCUUCACGGAUCCGGAGUAUAGGAACGCAUUGAUCCAAAACAAGUUGACAAGGUGGGGUAUGCCCAUUCGUGCUGUUGGUGUCUGGGACACUGUUGGUUCUUUGGGUAUCCCAAAACCUUUGAACUCCAAGAAUGUCAGACCAUAUGCAUUUGUUAACACCAAGGUGGCUCAACAUAUCCAAUAUGCAUUCCAUGCAAUUGCCAUUGAUGAGCGUCGAAAUCUCUUUUCCCCAACGGUUUGGGAAAAGCCAGACGAUAUUGCUCCAGGCCAACCAGCAAUGCUUAAGAAGCUGAAGCAAUGCUGGUUCCCUGGCUCCCAUUCCAAUAUCGGAGGAGGAUAUCCAGAUGCUAGCGCUUCAGUCCUCAGCUUGGCAUGGAUGGUCAGUCAGCUUGAGGACAACGGCAAGAUCUUGUCCUUCGAUCCCAAGUACUUGGAUUAUGUCCAAGAUCUUGCCAAUCAAUUGUACAUCGCAAACAAGCAGCCCGUCAGACCAUGGGGAUUUGGAACCCUGUAUGAUUCUUCGAUCAUCAAGGACCCAGAGUCUCUUAUAGAAGGAAUUGAUCCAAUCAACAGAACUCCGGGCAGAUACCAGGAGACUGAUAUCAGAACCGGAAAGCCAAAUGGAACACCGCUCAAAGAUACACACGAAUGCAUUCAUCGAUGUGUGAGGCAAAGAAUGGAAGGAGACGGGCCAGGCAUACAGGCAUGGACUACCAAUUCUCCCGUGGACAAACUCUUACUUUUGGGCAAGCAGGCUCUAGGACUGCACCCAGACAUGCUUGCAGAAACAAAGAGCUAUACUCCAAAAGCAUUGGGUAACUAUACCCUAGUGGAUGACAAGACAAAGGGAACAGGCGGUAUUUACUACAAGGCUCAUGAUACGGGGAAGAACCUACUUGAGGAUGAGCUUGGUGCUACAGAAAUCAGAUUGUUGGAGAGGCAGAUUGCUAGAUUGACGAAGGCUUGAGCCUUUUUGCUGUUGAACUUGUUUGUGUGAAGGCAUAGUGGGAUUGAGGUUGGUGUAAUUGGAACAGUUCUGGCCUUGGCUUUUGCUUGAGUAUGACAGCCUGGAAAUUGACAAUCACGGCACUUGCCUCCCU